AUGAUGGCAACCCAGCAAGGCAUGUCCCAGCAACAGUUGCAACAUCUUCUGCAGCAGGGGCUGUCUCCGUCACUGCAGCAACUGAUACAGCAACAGUCUUUGAUGAUGCAACAGGUGCAACAUCAGAAACUACAUGAGCAGUUAUUACAUUCCCUUAACGAACAGCUUCAAAUGAACUUGAUGCACCAGGCCCAGCUCAUGAAAGACUCCUCGGGAAAAGGCAGUACAGUCUCUCCUUCCAUCAAUAACCACAGCCUUCAGACACUGCUGAUGCAGCACCAGCAGAUUAUGCAGCAGAUUCAGUUGGUUCAGAGACAGUUUGCCUUGGCCAGCGUUCUGCAGCCAAUGGCCAUGCACCAAGGCAUGAUGUCACCAACUGAGCUGCAGAUGUUGUGGAAGGAGGUCACACAACAAACUGGUAUCGGCGACAACGGUCAGGACUCCAUCAACGGCCAGUCGACCACAGUGGCAAACACUCACAGUGGGUCCAACUACUCCACCAGCGGCACCAGUAACGGACCCACCAACCGACUCUUCUCAUCCUCUUCCCCUGGAUAUCUCAAACGAAGCAUGGAUGCCUUCGGAAUCACCG